UUGCCCACGCCAAAUGGCUUCCCCUUUGGGACUCGCACUGCUGGCUGUGGCUGCCAGCGAGUCGAUGGAUGCGAUGCGUGUGGCGGUGCUGGAACACCGGGGCCAGAAGAGGGCCACAGCCUUUGAAACCAUGAGUGCCAAUUUGGAGAUCUACGACCUUCAGAUCCAGGAGGCGGCGCAGCGCGGUGCCAAGCUCUUGGUGACGCCUGAGGAUGGUCUGACCAGCUUCGUGGGCAACCAACGAGCUUUAUGGUGGGACUAUGCCGCCAGCCUUCCCGAGCCGGGGCAGGCUGAAGCUCAACUCCCUUGCAUCGAGGCCUCUGUUUGGUGGCCGUUGAGAAGGCUGAGCUGCAUGGCUCUCCGACACCAGGUGGCGUUGGUGGCCAGCCUCAUAGACAUGAAGGACUGUACAGAGGAACCCGAAUUCCCGGGCUGCGACAGCAGCCGUGAUGGCUGGCUCUUGCUGAACACUGCAGUCGUCUUGGACAGAGAUGGACGUUUACUGCAGAAGUAUCACAAGGCCAACUUGUGGUUCGAAGCGGCUCUGGAUGAGAGCAAGGAGUGUUCGCCCAAGACCUUCAGCAUCUCUGGCUUUGAGGAGGUGCCCUUUGGAAUUUUCAUUUGUGCCGACUUGAUCCAUGCCUGGCCUCCGCUGGAGCUAGUCACCAAGGGCAUCCGGCACUUUGUGAUGCCUUUGAGCUGGACAAAUGAAAUGGCGCAGAUGCAGCCCUUGGGUUGGCAGCAGGCGUGGAGCCAUCAGAUGCAGGCGGUUCUCUUGGCGGCAAACACCCGCAGCAGCAGCUGCAGUGGCAGCGGAAUCUACGUGCAGGGCGAGGCCAAAGCUGUGGCCUACGACUUGGAGGCACAAGCAGAUCAGCUGCUGGUGACCGAGGUGCCCCUGCGCUUGGUCGAGCCCGCUGCGAGCCCCAUCGGCUGUCCAACGUCGUCCGACACCAGACUUCUUCCAGUGGAUGAGGGCUCGAAGUGGAAGAGCUUUCAGUUGGACAUGACUCCCGGUGAUCACAGCAGCACCCUUUGCAGCGCUGCAACGUGCUGCCACGUGAGCUACCGCAGCCGGCGCCAAGGGGAAGGUUAUGUGCUGGCGGUGCUGAAUGGAUUGGACAUCUCUCCUGAAGUUGCACCAUGGGCUGCAGAGGCCUGCGCUGUGCUGCCUUGCCAAUCCUCCAGCGAUUGCCUCACCUAUCCCAGCGAGGCCUUACGGCAACAUAGCGCAAAGUGGUUUGGUGAGUUUGAAUCCCUGGAGAUGGAGGCGAACUUCUCCACGACUCAAGAGGUCUUUCCUCAGGUGUUAGCCACCUCGCAGCGGCUUCUAUCGCCCCGCGCCUGGCACCUGCAUCGCGGAGCGCGCAGCGGAGCCGAAACGACGCUGCGUUUGGCGCUGAACGGCAGCGCGGUGGAGGAGUUGGUGUCGCUCCAGCUGUACGGUCGCCCCUAUUCGAGGGACUCGGACAUCCAGCAGCACUGCCAUUGCGGCCCCAAAGUGGAAGGUGUGCUGGUCUGAAUCCGAAAAAAA